AUGUUCAAAGCGGAAAGCAUAGAUAAACUUAAAGAAAAGGCUCUGAAAUGUGGCUUCACCGAGGAAGAGUGGGAUGGCUUUUUGGUGUAUGUCGCUGGUUUCUACUUCAAUAAUGGAAAUUAUCGUGGUUUCGGAGAUACCAAGAUUGUACCAGGCGUUGAUGUGGCUAAAAUCGAUGCACUUGUUCGAUCAUCAGAAGCCAAAAAGACGUCGCCAUCUUUCAUAAGUACUUGGGAGAAAGUAAAGCCUCUGAUUACUUCGCUGGACGAAACCCAAAUCCAUUUGGGUUUUGGAAAUGAGGGAGUAACUUGCUACCACAGUGAAAACGUGACCAAGGAAGAUGCUGCGAAGCUGGAUAGGUAUUUCAAGGCCAUAGCCUCAGCCGCUAACGAUAACCAAAAGAAGAUGAUCUCCAAAUAUAUCGAACACUUCACGGAAGGCGAUAUCAAGCAUCAUAAGGAUGGCUCUAGAUUUUGGAUUAAAGACGUAGAACCGGUGAUCGAGAGCUACAUUGGUUUCAUUGAGAACUACAGAGAUCCAGCAGGAACUCGAAGCGAAUUCGAAGGGUUCGUGGCAUGUGUGAAUAAAGAAACAUCAAAGAAGUUCAAGACACUUGUGCAGAAAGCAGAAGCAAUUUUGGAAAGACUUCCUUGGGGGAAAGCAUACGAAAAGGAUCACUUCCUGAAGCCUGAUUUUACCGCUCUGGACGUGUUAGCGUUUGCCUCGAGUGGAAUUCCAUCAGGGAUUAACAUUCCCAAUUAUGAUGAUAUUCGGCAGAACGAGGGUUUCAAAAACGUGUCUCUAGGAAAUGUAAUUGCUGCGACGCCAAAACAGAAAAUGAAUUUCAUUGACCAGGAGGAUGAGGAUCUGAUGCACGAGUAUCACAAAGAUUCCUUCGAAGUUCAAGUUGGUCUGCACGAGUUGCUCGGUCAUGGUAGUGGGAAACUAUUCCAAAAGAAUGCUGAUGGCACGUUCAAUUUCGAUAAGAACACCAAGGAUAUUAUCACAGGGAAACCGAUUGCAAAAUGGUACGAGCCGGGUGAAACCUGGUCGUCUAAAUUUGGAGUGCUUUCUAGUGCCUACGAAGAAUGUAGAGCAGAGGCUGUUGGUUAUGUGCUUUGUUGUGAUGCUGAUAUUUUAGAGAUUUUCGGCUACACGGGUGAGAAAGCGAAACUGGUCAAGUAUGUGAACUGGUUAAACGAGAAUUCGGGCUGGAUUGCUUGCUCUGAGUUUUACUCUCCAGAAGCGCAGAAGUGGGGUCAGGCUCACUGCUAUGCUCGCUUUGUGCUGACAAAAGUUUGUCUCGAAGCUGGUCAGGGCUUUGUAACGAUCACAGAAUGCGUGGGCGACGACGGGAAACCCGAUCUCAAGUUCAAGCUUGAUCGAACAAAGAUAGACUCUGUUGGCCGCCCGGCAGUGACCGCUUUUCUGGCAAAACUACAGGCUUACAAAUCUAUUGGAGAUGUCGAAGGUGGCACGAAGUUGUUCGAAAGCUACGGUAAAGUAACCGAGCGAGAGAACCGUUGGCGUGAUAUCUGCAUUGCUCGACGGAAGCCGCGACGUAUAUUUGUGCAGGCCAACACGAAGAUAGACGAUAAAGGUGCGUAG